AUGAAUAGCUUGCAGUAUUCUCCAGCAUCAUCAACGACAACAACCAGCCACCACUUGCAUAACCAUAUCCACAAUCCGCCCACCCCAACACCAUCACCAUCGACCCUAUCAUCAACAACACCUCUAAAACGUACUCGUGCCAAACGCAGCUGUGAUUUCUGCAGGAAACGAAAGUCUCGAUGCGACGCUGAUCAUUCAAUUCCUUGUUCAAAUUGUCGAGCUUGGGGAUAUACUUGUGAAUUCCAGACCGUUCGUAAGAAACGAGGUCCACCAAGUGUAUAUGUCGACAAUCUUGAAAAACGAUGCAAAAAGAUGGAGCGAUUGCUUGUAUCUUUAACUCAAUCAUCCAUAAAGCAACUUGAGCAAUGCGACUUUCAAUACGACCCACGCGACCAUAUGCCACCACCCGCUUCACCAUCAGCCGUUUCAGAUUCUUCUUCAGACGAUGACGAUGACGAUGAUGAUGACGAUGACAACCAAGCGAAUAGUACCAAUAGCGUGCAUGAUAUUACAGUAACCAAGGAUUACGACUCGAUCAAAUACACGGGACACUCUGCAGGGUUACAACUUGUUGAUCACGACAUUUUCAAAAGCAAGCCCUUCAUUCGUUGGCCUGGACGAGACGAUUUGGUGCUCAAGAUGAUGGCGCAAGAUGAGCUAAUGAUUGUGCGUACGAGUGAAGGUGGCAAUAAGGUGGACACACGACUUGUCGACGUUGGGUUAUCGAUGCGCUCAGCUAUAUUUGACCAGGGCCGUUCCCACCACCACCCUGCAUCAGCAGCAGCAGGACCUACGAGUAAAACACCCACGAAGCAAAUGUCGGACAAAAUGAUUGGACUUUUCUUUACACAUCUUCAUCCAUUUUUACCUAUCAUCAAUGAAUCCAAGUUUAUGCAACAAUAUCGCACGCGUAGUCCAUCACCACCGGCUGUGUUGGUUCAAGCCAUGCUUGCUCUUUCUUUUCGAUACGCCGCUCAACAUUUCCAAGAGAAGGAGGCCGACCAGUUUGCCGACCUCUACUUUAGGAAGGUGAUGAAACGAUUACGAGACGCACUCCGGUCACGGCUGUGCCAUGUGCAAGCGGGUUUAUUGAUGACGCUUUAUCUCGACAUGGAUGAUGGCGCUGGUCAUGACGUCGAAUCCGUUCAAUGGUUUACUUUGGGAACAGCUAUUCGCAUGGCUCAGGAUUUGGGUUUGCAUCGCUCUUGUCAAGGUUGGCGUUUACCUCCAUCCGAAAUUGAAGUACGACAUCGUGUCUUUUAUGCUUGCUAUGUACUUGAUCGAUGGAUGGGAGCUCGUGCUGGCAAACCAUUGACGAUUCUCGAUCGUGAUUUUGAUACCGAUAUGCCAUCCCCUUAUCGCGUCACGGAUGCUGGGCCAACCGGUGAACCUGUUUAUCGCCCCUUUUUAUUACUUAUCAGAUUAUCUGAGAUUCUGGGUCGUGUUCUCAAAGCCCUUUACGCACCAAAAGCAAAACGAUCCAAUUGUAAUGCUGGGCUUGAUGAUCCUACCAUUCUUGUGGUCUUUGAUCGACGACUUAAGAAUUGGCGUGCAUCUUUGGAUGAAGCUCAAGAUGGUGUCACGAUACCACCCUCCCAGAAAGCUCAUCUGCAAGUGUUUUACAAUACCAUUGUGCUUUUGCUCCACAGACCCUUUAUCCAAUUAUCACCAGCUCAGUUCCCAGAUCUACAAUCAAUCGUCGCCGAGUCUCGUAAGGCUUGCACUGAAGCAGCAGACAACAUUUCAGCUAUUUUACGACAACAUGGCAGCACCACAGCAGGCAUUGAACCCAACAUGGCGCUAUGUCUUCCUACAUGCUUUGUCUACGCCAUGUUCCAAUCCUCACUAGUACACCUUUCCAACACAUUACAAGAUCGUGCGUCAUCACAAAGGCAAGAAGCACUUGUGCAAUCAUUGUCGUUACUCCAAUCACAUGAGCAUUUGUGUUCUGCACCACGAGCGAUUGAAAUUAUUCAAAUGCUUAUCACCGUGAACGAGUUAUCAACACCCUCAGCACCAUCCAAUGGUCAUGCACGUAAUAAGCGACGUUCACAAAUGGCUACAGCAGCAACAGCACCACCACCUCUACCAUCACCAGAGCAACCACCACAACCUGUUGCCGAUGAGGAAUAUCCAAAAUCCAAUCAUGUGUUUGAGCAAAGAAUGGUCAAUUGCAGUGUGUUGGGUGGCAUCACACCUGAUAUUCGUCCUGAUGUAGCAGCAUCUAUCAUGGGUCAACAUUCAAACACACCUUGCUUUUUACCACAACCCGAAACGGCUCAGCUAUCAAUGAACUUUUAUCAUCAUCAUCCUGAGCAGUAUAUAGCCCCACAAGCUUUGCAACAUAAUACCUAUCCACCACUUCCUCAUCAUCCAUUACCACCCUCCACGACGACGACAACGACAACAACGGCGGCGACGACGACCACAACUGCAUCCACUUUUAACGCUCCUCUUAACGCAUCCACAACCACAACCACAACAACGCCACAACAUCAUCAUCCAUCGUACCCGUGGACAACAGACUGGUCUGUGUUUUUGGGUCAUCCAUCAACUCACGACACAACCGGUUUGCAUAUACCACCUCCUCAUCCUUAA